AUGGAAAACAACACAAUUAAAGACUCAACACCGGAGAAAAUUGCAACAAACUUUAAGAAGAAAGGUUAUUUUGAUAAUAUCAAAAAGGAAAUAAUCAAUAAUCAUAAAAGCAUAUCGGGCAACCAAACUAUACAGGAAUAUAUUACAGAAUCUGUAACUAAAUUUGUUCAAGAUAUGGUGUACAAAGAUCAUUCCUUACUAUUUAAAAACAACAAAGCAACAUCGAUGUCAUUAAUAGAAUCAAAGUAUUUCAAAGCAAACAAACCAAACAUAGAUGAGCUUAUAAAGACUACGAUCACUGACAAUUCGGAAGUUAAAAAAAUAAUAGAAGCACAGCUUCAAGAGCUUGUAGAGUUUUCGGAUCCUAGUAAAUAA